UGCCGGAAGUUUCAAAUAUGGAAAAUAAAACGUCUGUUUGAUUCAGUCGCACACUUCCUCUUAGCAACGUUGAUGGUGGUUUGGAAACAUUUUUAUUUAAUGUUCUUAUUCUGAUUUUUUAAACAAGUUUUAGUCUUGGCUGAGCAAUCAUGGCUGAUGUUCUAACUUCCAAGCCAGGCUCUGGACGUGAAGGAAGUCCAACCAAGAGAGUAACCAUGACAACACCACAGAGUCCUGGUAGACUGUCCAUAACUCCUGGAAGUGGGAAACAGACACCAACAGGCUCUGAUUAUAUGAAACCAGUUGUUAGGAGUGCAGUAAGGAGAUGGAAGAGGCUGCAUGAGCAAAAUAUGAUGGAAAAAUUAGUAGGAAUGAGAAAUGAAAAGAAAAACAACACAAGAAGUUCAAGAGAUGAUGCUAGAAAAAUGGCAAGGAAAAUUCCAACAGAAAUCUUAGCUAAACAGUGGUUAAAUGACAAUGAAGCUACAUUAGAGGUCAGAUCAUACCUUGUUGACAAAGUUCUCCCAACCUUGAUUUUAGGUGUAGAAAAACUUUUGACUGAAGCAGACAAGAAAGGAUUGACAGAAGAAAAUGAAGAAGAUCCUGAUUUUAAUCCAAUUAAUUUUCUGGCACAGUAUUUACUAAGAAACAAUCCAAAGUACAGUAACUUUUCAGAGGCAUCUCCAUAUGUAAGAGGACUAAGAGAAGUGGCUGAUGGGCUUAGAAAACAACUGUUCAACAUUGAAGACAAUAGAUUAGCCAGAAUUAAAACCGAGGCAAAGAGAAGAAGAGAAGAGAGGGAAAAAUUGGAACAAAUCAAACAAAAAGAGAGAGAAAGAAGAGAAAAUUGUUUUAUGGAUCAGUUUAGAGAAUGGAAUUCUCAUCCUGAAGGAAAAGUGGAGCUUUCAUUGGUACAAAAUGCUUUAAGAUCGUUUUCUGAAAUAGCCGAAGCAACCUUCCCUGAAGAACUGAGAGAUGCUGCUAAACUAAGUCGUAGUCUGGAGGCAACUGAUGAAAGUGGGAAAUGUCUUACUGUUAAAGAUUUUGCCAAAUAUCUCAGUGGUUAUGUUGAAGAUUUAACCAGGGACUUAUUUGAUGAAUUUAUGAAACAUUUAGCCAAGUGUGCUAUAUCCUAUAGAGCAGCUACACAAGAAGAAAACAGAAGAAUAGCUCUGUCAAAUCUAUUCAUUUCAUGUGAUCACAGUGGUAUUGGAUUGUUGGACAGACACAGGAUUUUGAGUUUGUUUGAGAAUUUCUGGGAUACAGUCAAAGAUAAUAUAAAGAUGCACAUGAGAAACCCUAGAAGAUGGCCUGUGGUUGAGGUAGAUGAAGUUGAGGACACUUACAACGAUGAUGAGGACAUUAAACCUAUAGAGGAGACUGAACAGAAAUCUGAGGUGCCUGCCCCCUCUAAAGAGACAACAACAGUAUCAGAGGCACCAGAAGUUAAAACUGAACAAAAACCACAAACUCCACCUCCUCAACAGCAAGAAGAACAAACUCCUCCCAAACAGGAGGAAGAAAAACCAUCAACACCUCCACCUCAAGAAAAAGAGAAGACUGAAGAAACACUUAAACCUGAAGAAAGUAAGAGGGAUGAAACUAAACCAACGAAAGAAGAAGUAAAACAAGAAGAAACUAAACCAUCUGAUGCCUCUACAGAGGAAACAAAACCCACAGAGGAGGCUCAACCUACUGUUACUGAAUCGUCAAAGCCUACUGAAGAGGUUAAAGUUGAAGCAUCUAAACCUACAGAAGAGGUUAAAGUUGAAGCAUCAAAACCUACAGAAGAGGUUAAAACAGAAGAACAAGCACCUGCUGAUCCUAAGACUGAGACUGAGAAGUCUGAAGUCAAACCAACACAGGAACAGGAAGUUGUUAAAGAAGAACCUAAAACUGAAGAGACCAAAGCAAAAGAGCCUGAAAAGUCUGAAACUGAGGGAGAGAAAACUGAAGGACAAAAUACAAAAACAGAGCAGACAACAGAAGAGGUUAAAUCUGAGGACAAAAAAGUGGAGGAAACUAAUGAAAAAGUUCCAGAGGAAAAGAAGGAGGAAGAACCGAAAACAGACAACGGUACUGAUGUUAAAGAGGUGUCUAAUGUAGAACAAACUGAGGAGGUUAAACCUUCAUCUGAAGAUAUCAGUGUUAAUAGAGAACAGUCUAAGGAAUCCAUCCACUCAGAAACAACAAAUCAAUUAGGAAGUGUUAAGUUUGCUGAAGGAACCACCUUUGAUAGGGAGAGAACUGUAAUGACUGCACGUAGUCAACAAUCAGGAACCUCAGCCUUUGAUGAGAAUGUCCUGAAUGUCUCACAGUUUGUACAGCUAACAGAAACAUUCCUCAAUAAAGAUGAAAAACCAAAACAAGAGGCCUUUGUUAUGUUGGCUAAGUUUAUCAAAGAAGGAUAUGAAGAGACGGAAGAAGAAAAGAUGGACCGACUUAUUAAGGCUCGUAAAGAGGCAUUGUCAUCACAGAGAAAACAUAUGAUGGAUCAGCUGUUUGAGAAAUGGGAUAAUGAUGGAUCAGGAUUCCUGGAUCUAGAGGAUGUGGAAGGCAUUAUGGUCAGAUAUAAAGAUGGACAAGAGAAUGAGGCCAUCAAUAAGGCUAAAACUAGGUUGAAGAAGACUACUAAAUAUGCACAGGACAACAGACUCAGUAAGAGAGAAUUUAGAACAUUUGUCCAGGCUGUUACAGAUGAAAUCUCUGGUGCUGAUUCAUUUGAUUAUUAUAUAGAUUUCCUAACCAAUAGUGUGGAGAGAACCUAUGCUGAGAGAAUUAGAGGAGAGGCAAGGAAGAAAUGGUUACAACAAGUUGUUAGUGCUGCAGAGACAAGUGGGGCCAGUAUGGAACCAGUUUAUAAGAGUGUCUUCCAGGCUUUGUAUAAGGACUCUGAAGCCCAUGGAAAUGGUAAGAAGAUAAGCUCUAAUAUUGCUAUGUUAGAGCGUAAUCGUUUUGAUCAGGAACGAGGUGAAGUUUGUCUCCGAUAUGUUGCUGCUACCAUUGAUGAUGCUGACUUCCUGCUUGGUAAAAUACUCUACAAAGACAUGAAAGGAAUUAGUUUUGCAUCUGUUGAACGAGGCCAACCAAUACAUGUACCCAGAGUGGCAAACCAUGGUAAUGUACAGUUCUGGAAUCCAUACAGACUACCAGAGGACCGUGAGGGAUCCUUCAUUGUAGUACCACUGAAGGACAAGAGAAAGAGAGUGUUUGGGUUAAUAGGAGUCGAUACACUAAACGACAGACAUUCUAAGACUAUCUUUAUCACUCACGAAAUACAGUACUUCCAGGGUGUUGCUAAAGCCUUCAGUAUAGCCUACCAUCACAUUGAUAUGAGAAAGAAACUUUUACGUAUCACAGAAAGUGCUGUAUCUUGGAUCCACCGUAGAAAUCCACAUGUUCAUGAGAUAUCCACUUACAUGGUUGAACCAGACGGUAAAGAGAAACAGGACUAUGUUCUCAGGAAGAUGAUGAACACAGACGCUAAAGGCAAUGUUCAGAACUUAAUCAAUCCACCCAGACUGGAGAGGAAGGAUAAUCUGUUUAGGGACUAUUUAUUUAAGACAGUAGACACAUCAGAGAGUAUAUCAGCAGAUGCAUACGGUGAAAGACAUUUAGCUUUCCCUCUUAGAGACGAUAAUGGUAAAGCUAUAGCCGUUGUUGACAUCAGUAUUGGAGAGACUAAGAUAUUACCAACACAUGAAAACAAAGAAGUUCAAAGAAUGUUACGACUUCUACAGCAAGCUCAUAAGGAGAUUACAAGAGAGUUCGCUGGCGAUGAUAAAAAUAUAGUGCUAGAAGCAGAAAGAGAUGAUGAGAAUCGAAUGGAUAUAAUGUUUGACAGACUUAUGUUGAUGGAACUUCGUGAAAACGUUUCUAAGAUUGAUGCUAAAGCCUUCGCUGAACUCAGAAGUUAUAACGAUCCACCAAAGAUUGUUGUCAAAAUAGUGAAGGCUGUUAGUGCAAUAUUCUUCCUAGAAAAAGUACAGAAUGGAGAACUUGAUGAUUGGACAAAUCUCAGAACAUACAUGAACAAUGACCUGUUACAAAAGAUAGCCCAGUAUGAUCCUACAGCUGCAGAAGAUCAUCAACUAAUACCUCCAGAAAAGAUUGAAGUGCAUCUCAAAGAUGUGCCCCACGGAGAGGUGUCAAAGUUUGGAUCAGUACCCGCACAGCACAUGUAUAACUGGGUGUUUGUGUGUAUCUCACUCAUAGAACAUACACUUAAAAUGAGGGAAAAUGAUAACAGUAGUGUUCUUAAAUAAAAGUCAUUAGUUGGAUUUAAUAAACAAGUAACUUGAGAAUGGAUUAUCUCCCUGGAAUGUUAUCAGACAAGGGAGAUAAUUUGGAUAUUCAUACAAUACGUUUGAAGUUAUGCAAAACACAGAGUACCUUCUUCACAUGAAUUAAUGAAAUUUAAUGCUAUUGCAUAAGAAUAACUUUUCUUCAUUGAAAGGAUUGUUUUUUUGUCAAAACAAAUAAUCAUACAUUUUUAUUUUUGUAUUUUAGAUAUCAGUUCUUUGGUCUUGAUAUUAAUUUUAUAUUAUUUCAAUUGCUUGAAACACAAUGUAGAUUUUCUACAUCAAUAUGAAAAUUAACAGUUAUUUAUUAUUUUUUAUAUAUUUUUUUUUUAUGUUAAAGUGAUAUUCAUUGAAAUAUAUGCUAUACAUAUAAUUAAUUACAUACUGCCAUACUUAUAAUGGACAGGGUUUGUUAAAGAAGUGAUGGACUGAAACUGUAGUAGUUUAUCUGUCAUGUGACUCCUAUUGUUUAUUUUUUGACAUUAUCUGUGAUAUUUUAUAUGUGAUUUCAGUUGUACUUGAUUUUUUUUACUUUUAUAAGUUACACGAACAGCAUUUUACGAGUAAUUGAUUUUAUACCACUGUUGGCAAAUUUAUUCAUUUACCAGAUUUUAUUCACUAAAAUUUGGUAUGUUAUAUUUUUUUUAUUUAGCAAUUUCAAAUGUCUGGAUGAUUUUCACUUGUUAUAAAAUGAAAACAGUUUUAAAUUCUAUGGGUAUGCACAUCAUAUGGCAAAAAUUUACUCCAGCAUUCAAACCAUUAUGAGAGAAUAAUAUAACUGCCAUAUUCCUAUCAAUGUUGUAAGAAGAAUUGAAUGCCUUAAAUAGUAUGCCAAACAUAAUUCAUUAUUAUAUGUUUAUUGUUGAAUGUUGAAGUAUCAGAUUUUAUUAAAUAUAAAAAAAAACA